ACAUGGUUCAAGUUUACUGCCGCUUUCUUUCAAUCACACGCUUGACUCUGCUUCCUCGCAGAAUGAAGGUGAGAUGUUCUCUGUGGAGAAGAAAGAAGUUCCUCCCCUGGCUGUCGCUGCUGGGGGUCCUGUGCGGCUGCAACUACGUGGCUCGCUAUUUCCGUCGCCCGCCGCCGUGCCGCGCCCCAACCUUCUGCAAAUACAACGUGAGCUGCUCGGCCGUGUACGCCCUGGACCCGGUGGAGUUGGAGAGGUCGCAGGUGAUCAGGAGGACGGAAGUGGCGGAGGACCAGGAUGAGACCCUGCUCGAGCUCAUGGCCGACUGCCCGCUCUUCCUUCGACUCAGAGGCUACGACAACGUCUGCGCCACCGAGCAGGAGAGAGACUUCCAGGUGGCGUACUCGCUAGUGGUGCACAAGUCUGCUUGGAUGGUGGAGCGGCUGAUCAGGGCGCUGUACUCGCCGAGUAACGUCUUCUGCAUCCACUACGACCGAAAGUCCCCCGCAGCGUUUGGGUCGGCGAUGGAAGGCUUAGCUCGCUGCUUGCCCAACGUCUUCAUCGCCUCCAAGCGCGAGUACGUCAUCUACGCCGGCGUUAGUCGGCUGCAAGCCGACCUCAACUGCCUCGCCGACCUCCUGGAGGUGGACGCCCCCUGGAAGUACGUCAUCAACCUCUGCGGGCAAGACUUCCCCUUGAGGACCAACAUGGAGCUGGUGUCAGAGCUGGCCGGCCUUAAAGGCGCCAACAUGCUGGAGACGUGCCGACCCAGCAGGCACAAGAAGCAGAGGUUCACCUACCACCACAAGCAAAAGAACUGGAAUCCGCCAGAGAAAACGUGGCUGACCAAGAGCGCCCCGCCUCACGGCAUCGAGAUGUUCACCGGCAGCGCCUACUUCGUGCUCUCACGUGACUUUGUUGUCUUCAUCAACUCCUCCGUCGUGGUCAAAGACUUUCUGGCCUGGUCGAAGGACACGUACUCGCCCGACGAACACUUCUGGGCCACAGUGGUGAGACUGCCAGGCGCACCGGGCGAGGUGUCCAGGGGCCGGCCGGACAUCACCGACCUGAUGAGCAAGACCCGUGCGGUCAAGUGGCAAUUCCAUGAGAAGGCGCUGUAUUACCCGCCCUGCACGGGGAAACACGUUCGCGGCGUUUGCAUCUACGGCGCGGCCGAGGUGCACUGGUUGCUCGACAGCGGCCAGUGGUUUGCCAACAAGUUUGACCCCACCGUGGACCCGGUGGCCUACCAGUGCCUGGAGGAGAUACUGGAGCGAAGGCAAAAUGUCUUACAAUCAAACGCAACGUCCAGUUGUGACUAAUGAAAUCAAAUUUGAAGGCUUUCUUUUCACGCCACAAAAAAAGCACUAGUGACUCCUUUGGUGUCCCACAGGGAUCAAUCUCCAGCCCACUGUUGAUUGUCCCUCAUUUCCUCACACACACACAGAGAGGAGCCAGGUGAAUAAACACUAUCACAGGAGCCCUCAGAAAAAGUUGAGUCCUACAAAGAUUUUUAUAUCCUUCAAAUAUUGAACUGUUUACAAACCAGAGUUGUGUUUUGCACUACCGAAUUAUGAGGUGCUGGAAUCGCCGGGUGAAAUCACUAAUGCUAAUCUGUAGCAUGUAUAUAGCAUAUUCAAGGAAAAUUGCAUUGAGCUGGGAUUUUAAAAUGUUUAAAAAUAUGCCAUUUUUUUUAUUUUAAAUUGUAACAUUAACUCGAAGACGUACACCACGAAUACGCCUGUUUGCCCGCCAGGUGUUCGAACCGGUGCUAAGUUUAUAACCGGACAAGGUACUGUUUGAUACAACGCAGUUUACUACUUGGAAAUACUGACAUUUGAUCAGUACCUAUUUAAGUAUUAAAAUCCACCAAAAAUGAUUCCCGGGCGCAGCCACCGCUGCUGCUCACUGCCCCCCUCACCUCCCAGGGGGUGAUCAAGGGUGAUGAGUCAAAUGCAGAGAAUAAUUUCGCCACAGCGAGUGUUGUGUGUGACGAUCAUUGGUACUUUAACUUUAAAUUUGGUACCCACGAAUAGAAAAAUUGAAGGAUUUAUUUCUUCAUUUUGUCCUUUAAAUAUGCUCGCACCAAACCAAUGUAGGUCUAUUUGACAUCUACAUCUGAGCUUUUUGUUAUAAGUGACUAAGCAAUUAAUAAUUAUUUUUGUCUAGGUCGGAGGUCGGCAACCCUAGUGGCUCCCUGGAGAUUUUUCAAAAAUAUAUGAAAAAUGGGAAAAAAAUGAGAGGAAAAAAAAAUACAUUUUUUGUUUUAAUAUGCUUUCUGCUGGAAGACAAAUAUGACACAAACCUCCUUAAUCGUUGUAAAGCACACUGUUUAUAUUAAACAUGCUUCACUGAUUCGAGUAUUUGGCGAGCGCCGUUUUGUCCUACUAAUUUUGGCGGUCCUUGAACUAGUUUGUUUACAUGUACAACUUUCUCCGACUUCGUAAGACGUGUUUUAUGGCACUUCUUUUUCUGUCUCAUUUUGUCCACCAAACUUUUAACGUUGUGCAUGAAUGCACAAAGGUAAGUUUUGUUGAUUUUAUUUAAUUAUGUGGAGUGCUAAUCAGACAUAUUUGGCUAAUCGAUGCUAACAUGCUAUUUAGGCUAGCUGUAUGUACAUAUUGCAUCAUUAUGCCUCAUUUGUAGCUAUAUAUGAGCUCAUGUAGUUUCCUUUAAGUAUUCAUAAUGCAAUUUGUAUCUCAUGACACACUAUCUGUAUGUAAUGUGGCUUUUAUUUUUUUGCGGCUCCAGACGGAUUUGUUUUUGUAUUUUUGGUCCAAUAUGGCUCUUUCAACAUUUUGGGUUGCCGACCCCUGGUCUAGGUCUAUACUUAAGGGACAAAAAACAAGCUGCAGUUCAAAAGAGCCCCGUUUGGCACAUUAGACCCCUGCCUUAGACCUAAACAAUGCACAAAGUCUGGUUUCUUUACAUUACUAUGCUGUUGUCAUGUAAUCACGUCAUGAUGGGAAUAGUUCUACAUAAAAAAUAAAAAAAAACUGUGAAGUUGGCAUGUUGUGUAAUUCCUAAACAAAAACAGAAGCCGAUGAUUUGCAAAUCCUUUUCAACUUAUAUUCAUUUCAAUGAAUUGCAAAGACAAAAUAUUUAAUGUUUAAACUGAGAAACUUCAUUUUUUUUUGCAAAUAAUCAUUUACUUAGAAUUUAAUGGCAGCAUCACAUUGCAAAAACGUUGGCUUGGGGGCAUUUUUACCACUGUUGCUGCCAAAAAUUAAGUUAAUGAUUAUUUGCAAACUAAAUAUUUUGUCUUUGCAAAUCAUUGUAUUCUGUUUUUAUUUACCAUUUACACAACGUGCCAACUUCACUGGUUGUGGGUUUUGUAGAA